GAAGAUUCUCUUCAAUCUUCAUCAAAGGCUGUACUUUGGUACAUCAUUUUUCGACCGAGACGAACGAAUCGAGCAACUAUGGCCCAGAAAGUUCUUAUUAUCGGGGGAACGGGGUUGACGGGGAAGGAGAUUGUGAAGGCGCUGGUCAAGGAUAAAGACAUUGAAAUCACCUGUCUAACCCGCCCUCCAACCCCCAAAAACCCCACCUCCCCCUUCCUAACCUCCCUCCAAAUCCCCCUUCUCCCCCUCGACCUCUCCACCACCACACCCCUCUCAACCCUAACCACCGCCCUCUCCCCCUUCCCCACAAUAAUCUCCUGCCUCGGCUUCUCCUCCCACGUCACCGAACUCCGCCUCAUCGACGCCCUCGCCGGCUUACCCCUAACGCGCUUUAUCCCGUGCUCGUGGGCCACGCCCUGCCCAUCCGGCGACAUCAUGCUGCUCCGUGACGAGAAGCAGCGCGUGUUCGAGCGCGUGUGGCAGUAUAAAAUCCCUUACACGAUCGUCGAUGUCGGGUUUUGGUAUCAGAUUUCUUUGCCGCGGGUCGCGAGUGGGAAGUUGGAUGGGUUGAUUGUGUUGGAUGCCGGGGAUAAGUUUGGGGAUGGGAAAGCGGAGAAUUUGUUAAUUGAUAAACGGGAUAUUGGAGGGUUUGUUGGUGAGAUUGUCAAGGAUGCGGGGACAGUUGGGAAGUGGGUUGUUUGUUGGGGGGAGAGGAUUGAUCAGGAGGGUGUUUUUAGGGUUGUGGGGGAGGAGAGUGGGGAGGUCGUUGAGGUUAGAGAUGUAAGUUUUCUUUUCCCCUUCAUUUUACUUUUCUUUACUGGUAAAUUCGAUCGGGUUGUAGGGUGUGUUAGGGAGGCGGAGUGGAGAGAGAAGAAGCUAACGCAUGCCUUUCAUCCCAGGUCUCCCACGAAAGUCUAA